AAACAAUGCAAAUCCACAAAUACCCCUCCGUCUCCAUCUCCAUAUAUCAUCAUCACACAACCCACGCAUAAGUAAGACUAAAAUUACUCUCCAAGUAAUCCAUCUCCUCUCCAUUUCAAUUUAACAACUAAAAAUCAAUUUCUUAAAUUCUACUUCUUCUCCCCCACAGAUUCUAUUCUUCUCUUAAUCACAGUCCUAAUCGCUUACUGCACUAUAUGCUUCCUAGAAAGAGAGCCAGUGAAGGAGUGGUUGUUGUCAACGAAACCGAAGAAGAACAAACUCUAAACAUUUCUAGCGAUAACGAUAACGCCUCGUCUGUUAUUAAGAAGCAUCGGAUCUCUGAAUCAACCCCCGCUGAGACUAACAACGCCGUUAUUUUGGACGACAGUAGCAACCACAGUACCAGUACCACCCUAGCUGAAAUCCCGAUCAUGGCCCUUGGCGAUUCCAAUCAGACUGACAUCGAUGAAGAUCUGCACAGCCGUCAGCUGGCCGUGUACGGUCGCGAGACGAUGAGACGACUUUUCGCUUCCAAUAUCCUCGUCUCCGGGAUACAGGGCCUUGGUGCCGAGAUCGCAAAGAAUCUUAUUCUUGCUGGUGUCAAGUCUGUGACCUUGCAUGAUGAAGGGACAGUGGAGCUGUGGGAUUUGUCCAGUAAUUUCAUAUUUUCAGAGAAUGAUGUUGGUAAGAACAGGGCUCUUGCCUCUGUUCAGAAGUUGCAGGAGCUCAAUAAUGCGGUUAUUAUUUCUACCUUAACAACAAAGUUGACCAAAGAACGACUUUCUGAUUUCCAGGCUGUUGUAUUCACUGAUAUCAGUCUUGAUAAAGCCAUUGAGUUCAAUGACUACUGUCAUAAUCAUCAGCCACCCAUCUCUUUCAUCAAAGCAGAAGUUAGAGGCCUUUUUGGCUCCGUGUUUUGUGACUUUGGUCCUGAGUUUACAGUUUUUGAUGUUGAUGGAGAGGAACCACGCACAGGCAUUAUUGCAUCCAUUAGCAAUGACAACCCAGCCCUAGUUUCUUGUGUUGAUGACGAAAGGCUCGAGUUUCAGGAUGGGGAUCUUGUUGUGUUCUCUGAAGUUCAUGGAAUGACACAGCUUAAUGAUGGGAAACCAAGGAAGAUAAAAAAUGCAAGGCCAUAUUCGUUCACUCUUGAGGAAGACACCACAAAUUAUGGUACCUAUGUUAAAGGUGGUAUUGUCACGCAGGUGAAGCAGCCCAAGUUGUUGAACUUUAAGCCACUAAGAGAAGCUAUCAAAGACCCUGGUGAUUUUCUUCUGAGUGAUUUCUCCAAAUUUGAUCGCCCGCCUCUUUUGCACUUAGCAUUUCAAGCACUAGAUAAGUUUGUCUCUGAGUUGGGUCGCUUCCCUGUUGCUGGUUCAGAAGAGGACGCUCAGAAGCUUAUCUCUGUUGCCACUAGUAUUAAUGAUAGCUUCGGAGAUGGGAAAGUGGAAGAUAUUAACCCAAAACUUCUGCGGCACUUUGCCUUUGGUGCUAGGGCAGUGUUGAAUCCCAUGGCUGCCAUGUUUGGUGGUAUUGUUGGACAAGAGGUUGUAAAAGCGUGCUCUGGCAAGUUUCAUCCUCUUUUUCAGUUCUUCUAUUUUGACUCAGUGGAGUCACUUCCUACAGAGCCUCUGGACUCCAGUGAGUUUAAACCUAUAAAUAGCCGUUAUGAUGCACAAAUUUCUGUGUUUGGGGCCAAGCUCCAGAAGAAACUGGAGGAUACUAAACUGUUUAUCGUAGGAUCUGGUGCUCUAGGAUGUGAAUUCUUAAAGAAUGUAGCGCUGAUGGGAGUUUCAUGUGGUGAUCAAGGAAAACUAACAAUCACUGAUGACGAUGUAAUUGAGAAGAGUAAUCUUAGUAGGCAGUUUCUCUUCCGUGAUUGGAAUAUUGGCCAGGCCAAGUCCACAGUUGCUGCUUCUGCUGCCUCAUCAAUAAAUCCUUGUUUAAACAUUGAAGCCUUGCAAAACCGUGUGGGUCCGGAAACGGAGAAUGUGUUUGAUGACAACUUCUGGGAGAAUUUAAGUGUCGUUAUUAAUGCUUUAGACAAUGUCAAUGCUAGGCUGUAUGUUGAUCAAAGGUGCUUAUAUUUCCAGAAACCACUUCUUGAGUCAGGGACUCUAGGUGCCAAAUGCAAUACUCAAAUGGUCAUCCCUCACUUAACAGAAAACUAUGGUGCUUCAAGGGACCCACCUGAGAAACAAGCACCCAUGUGCACCGUGCACUCAUUCCCUCACAAUAUUGACCACUGCUUGACAUGGGCUCGAUCUGAGUUUGAGGGAUUGCUUGAGAAAACUCCUGCUGAAGUGAAUGCUUAUCUAUCCAACCCGGCUGAAUACACUACUGCAAUGACCAAUGCUGGUGAUGCUCAAGCUAGGGAUAACUUGGAACGUGUUCUUGAGUGCCUUGACAGGGAAAAAUGUGAGACGUUUCAGGACUGCAUUACCUGGGCUCGUCUAAAGUUUGAAGAUUAUUUUUCCAACCGUGUCAAGCAGUUGAUUUACACAUUUCCUGAAGAUGCUGCUACCAGUACUGGGGCCCCGUUCUGGUCAGCCCCAAAGCGAUUCCCUCACCCACUGCAGUUCUCAGCUGCUGAUCCUAGUCAUCUCCAUUUUGUUAUGGCCGCAUCAAUGCUACGAGCUGAGACAUUCGGCAUUCCGGUUCCUGGUUGGGCCAAGAAUCCUAAGCUGUUGGCUGAGGCUGUUGACAAAGUAAUUGUCCCAGAAUUUCAGCCAAAGAAUGAUGCAAGAAUAGUUACCGAUGAGAAAGCUACUACUCUCUCCACUGCUUCUGUGGAUGAUGCAGCAGUUAUCAAUGAUUUAAUCAUGAAGUUAGAGCAGUGCAGGAAGAACCUACCACCGGAGUUCAGGAUGAAACCAAUUCAGUUUGAAAAGGAUGAUGACACGAAUUAUCACAUGGAUAUGAUAGCUGGGCUUGCCAACAUGAGAGCAAGAAACUAUAGCAUUCCUGAGGUUGACAAGCUAAAAGCCAAGUUUAUUGCUGGAAGGAUUAUUCCUGCUAUUGCAACUUCCACUGCAAUGGCGACAGGUCUUGUGUGCCUGGAGCUAUACAAGGUUCUGGAUGGAGGGCACAAAUUAGAAGACUACCGCAACACAUUUGCUAACCUUGCAUUGCCUCUAUUUUCCAUGGCUGAGCCUGUCCCGCCCAAGGUCAUGAAACACCGUGAUAUGAGCUGGACUGUUUGGGAUAGAUGGAUCCUGAAAGGCAAUCCCACCCUCAGGGAUCUUAUUGAAUGGCUCAAGCAGAAAGGGCUGAAUGCUUAUAGCAUCUCAUGUGGAAGUUGCUUACUCUUUAAUAGUAUGUUCCCCAGGCACAGAGAACGGAUGGACAAGAAAGUGGUUGAUCUGGCAAGAGAAGUGGCGAAAGUAGAAUUGCCUCCAUACCGUCGUCACUUAGAUGUUGUUGUGGCAUGUGAGGAUGAUGAGGAUAAUGAUAUCGAUAUUCCUCUGGUAUCGAUUUACUUCCGUUAAAAUGUUGUUUUCCCGAUCCACCAAACCAGUCAAACUGUGAUUUAAGAAUGAGAACCCUAUUAUUCGAAGUAGUAUCUUUGGUUCUGUUUUAUAUUGAAGAGGUACAAAAUCAAAAUUUUACAUCAGUUUCACUUGUCAUAUAGAAACCGAAAGCAACUCUGAUUGUUGUUAUAUAUUUCUAUAUUUGCUUUUA